CGUACUAGUACCGAAAGAAGAACCGACUUCCCCUGUCAAAUAAGACAAGACAGCUCUAUGUGACAGCGGAAUGAAAAAUAACUCACUGCACACUGUCGGAACUUUAACAGUGUGACAUUCAACGGAAGUAAACAACACAAGCUGUUGUAGCGUUAGCUCUGCGAUAUUGUAGCCGUUGUCCAGAUAAACUACUUAAUUUGUAAUUAGGCAACAAUGUCUUCAGUUGAGCAUUUGAGAGAGUUUGUCAAUGAGCGACUAACUGCUGCUGCUGAAGAAAUAUUUGGCGUUUUUAAGAAAACUAUUGUGCAGUACGAGGACGAGAUCGACCGUCAGCGCAGACUGUUGGAUAUCGUUUGGAAACCUGAAAUAUAUUUGCACAGGAUAGAGCUCCCACAGCAACAUGUCUGUGAGGAGGAGGAGGAGGAGGUUCCUGCUGACCAGCAGCUCUGUCUUCAGGAGAGGAACUCCAGUUUUGUCCAAGGGGACCCAGAGCCUCCUCAGAUUAAAGAGGAACAGAAGGAACUCAGCACCAGUCAGGAGGGAGAGCAGCUUGUAGUCAAACAGGAGACUCUUACUUAUGAGGAAAGUGACCACCAGCUCCUCUUUCACAACUCUCAUGCAGCUGAGAGCCAAGAUCAGAACGGAGGCAAGCAUGGACCCUCAGGAUCAGCUAGAAAUGCAGAACCAAAACCACAGAAGAUCCACCAUGAUACUCACGCAGGAAAAAGGGUUUUCCAAUGUGACGUUUGUAGGAAAGCUUUUAAGUUUAAGUACCAAUUGUAUAUACACUGGAGAGUCCACACAGGUGAGAAGCCAUAUUCUUGCAAAAUAUGUGGAAAUAAUUUCAGAUUUAAUAGCGGCUUUCAGGCUCACAUGAGAACACACACAGGUGAGAAGCCGUUUGCAUGCAAAACAUGUGGGAAAGCGUUCAGACUUAGUAGUAAUUUGAUAGGGCACAUGAGAACUCACACAGGUGAAAAGCCAUAUGUUUGCAAGACCUGCGGGAAAGGAUUCUGUGAGAUGUCGGUAUUAAAAAGGCAUGUGAGAAUCCACACCGGUGAGAAGCCGUAUGUUUGCGAAGCUUGCGGGAAAAGAUUCUGUCAGAUGUCAAUAUUGAAGAACCACACGAGAAUCCACACAGGUGAGAAGCCAUAUACUUGCAAAACAUGUGGGAGAGCUUUUGGACGUAACGGGGACUUGAAAGUCCACAUGAGAAUUCACUCUGGUGAGAAACCAUAUACUUGUAAAAUAUGUGGGAGAGCUUUCAUACGUAAUGGUGAAAUGAUAGCCCACAUGAGAAGAGCCCACAGCGAUGAGAGACCACACAUUUGCAAGAUUUGCGGGAAAAGAUUCUGUGACAUGUCCGUGUUGAAAAGCCACAUGAUAAUCCACACGGGUGAGAAACCAUAUACUUGUAAUACAUGUGGGAAAGCUUUCAAACGUAACGGUGACUUGGUAGUUCACAUGAGAACUCACUCAGGUGAGAGGCCGUAUUCUUGCAAAACAUGUGGGAAAGAUUUUAAAUCCAGCAGUAACUUAAAAGGCCACAUGAGAACGCACACAGGUGAAAAACUGUGUCAUGACAGCACAGAGGUUCCACUUACAGUCACACCCAUACAGGGAAGUCAUAUACUUGAAAAACGUGUGGAGGAGAUUAUAGAAUGAAGAGUUGCAUGAUGGACCACAUGAAAAUAGCCCGUGCUGAAGAGAAACCAUAUUGUUGCAUUACAUGUUGAAAACUAAUCAUUAAAUGUUCACAAUAUACUGUUGUGACAUCAAAAAUGGCAUUUUAUAACAUGAGAACUUAGUAUAUUGUUACGCUUUUGGAGAAUUAACAAAUUUAAUGUUGUUCAUUUUUUCAAUUUGAGUGAGUUCUACUGCAUGCUUGGGUUGAGAUGAGGUGAGGUCUUGCAAGUAGGGAGAAGGUUUGUGGAAUUAAACAAUAAAUAAAUAUACUCUGAGG